GGAGGAGGAAAAAAAAACAGAAGAAGAGCUGUCUUCGAGUGUGGGCCAGUUGCGCGUUUCGGCCCACGACCUCCAAAGUUCUCUGGGUCAUAACUCCCGAUAGCUAGCAGGCCACACCGCAUCACAAGUGCGGAAGUCAGUUCGCAAGUUUGGUUCGGUUUGAAACAAGGAUACCGAAUCGGCUAGCCGGAGGCCCAGCCCGCGGGAAGCACCGCUGCUGUCGGAGGAAGAGGCCCGAUCGGGACACCUCUACCUCAUCUAUCGCAAAGGACUUUCGAUCGGAACGCUUCUCGAAUCUCCAGAUCAAGGAUCCAUGGCGGGCGGCGGCGGGCACGUGGACCAGACGGCGCGCCUCUCCGGCGACGAGUUCGCCGAGAUCCUCCGCCGCGUGCCGCCCCGCUGGCUGGCGGCCUCCCGCUGCGUCAGCAAGUCCUGGCGCGCCGCCAUCGACGGCCACGGCCUCCUCCGCGCCGACCUGCUCCCGCUCUCCGUCGCCGGCCUCUUCUUCCACCUCAACCAGCACAUCUACCCGGAGUUCCUCUCCUGCCCUUCUUCUUCAGUCAGCGGCAGGCUCGACUUCCUCCGCCACGCCAACCCCAAAUUCCGCGGCGGCCGUCGAAUUCCCGACUACCGCGUCCUCGACCAAUGCAACGGCCUCCUCCUUCUCCCCCAAUGGGUAGUCAACCCCGCCACCGGGCGGUGGAUCACUCUGCCCCCGAGCCCAGCCAAGGAGGAAGACCCAAGGAACCGCGUGUGGUGCUACCAGCGGUUCCUGGACUACGACCCGACGGUGUCGCCUCACUUGGAGGUGCUCAUGGUCCCGUCCUUGGUGAACAACGAUUACUACGAGGAGGAGGAGGAGGAGAACCCCUUGGUGGCUAUGGGGAUGGCGGGGCUCGAGUGGCCGCCGUCUCCGUGCAAGAUGCAUGUCUUCUCGUCGAGGUCGGGCCGUUGGGAGGAGAGGUCUUUUGUCCGCGAAGGGGAUGCCGCCGGGACUCUCGGCGAGUUGCGGUUGGGCUUAUCUUGCUGCGCCGCCGCACAUCUGCGAGGAACGCUUUACAUACAUUGCUUGGCUGAUUCUAUCAUGAGGAUAUCCUUGGCUGAUAAUACAUAUCGCAUGAUUAAGACGCCUGUGUAUGCUGCGGGGCUGAAGCCCUAUCGUUUACGAAUUGAUAUGGGAAGAUCGGAAAAUGGGGUGUACUUUGCGUCACUUCAUAAUGGUUGCCUUCGGGUUUGGAUCCUCAAGGAGUUGUGUGGUGGUGAGGUCGAGUGGAUCUUGAAGCAUGAAAAUGACCUCAAGCCCAUGUUAGUAGUGCAUCCUUCCGUAUUUGACCGCCCGGUUCAUGGUCAAGGUCCCUGGAUUUUAGAAGAUAUUAACUAUAACUUAUUCUGGUCUCCUCGUCUUCCCGAAGAUGACAGGGAAAUAACAGUCCAAGAGAACUCUGAGUGGUACUACAACAAUGGUAAUCCUCUUGACAAUGGACAUGAAGCCAGAAAGUAUUCCUACUGGGAUACGGACAUACUCGGGUUCCACCCAUAUAAAGAGAUUUAUCUUCUUUAGCGAAUCGUACCGGACCGGACUGGCCUAUCACUUGGAUAGCUCGAAGAUGGAAGUCUUAGAAAACAUAUACCCCAAGAAGUAUGAAAUUGGUGGAGCUGAUACCUUCCUAUCUUGUUUCGCGUACACGCCAUGCUUGAUCGAAGAGUUUCCGGAUAGUAGCUAUAGUUCAUCUCAAACAAUUGGAACAAAAGAAGAAAUCGUUUGCACAUGAUGUUUGAGCAAUCUAUGUAAAGUAGGUCAAGGAAAAACACACAGAAGUACAUGGUUCUGUGUUUAUUUUUACAGAUUUGUGGUUUUUUAUUAUUGUUAUAUAGUUAAUUAGCACUCUUGCUGCUUGGUAGAGGCUGGAUUGUUUUUAUCUGCUACAGCUAGCUAGUUCCUUGUUUGAAUCAUCUAGUCAUAUAGGUAUCAUGUAUUUCCGUGUUUGGAUCAAGCUUGUGGCUGCAUCGAUC